AUGGAUACUUCUCCUGUUCCGCGCCUACUGCGAUCAUCACUACUUAGCCCUAUUAGGUCCAAUCGAGCGGGUAGUCCCGAACGCAAGUUUCUACACAGUAGUCUAUCACGUCGGAACUCGGAUGUUCGGGUUUUAAGGAGGCUAGCUUGUGAUUACUUCUCUCCUGUAGCUAAUUAUGGUUCCUCUUCACAAAUAUUAACUAGUGCUAACUAUAAUGUCCAUCCAUUAGACAACUUAUUACCUUACACCGAUAGCUCUAAGCCUUAUGAAAUCCCCUGA